AUGCAGCGGCUACAACGACUCUCAAUUCUUUCUGACAUUCCUCGAUCUUUUUAUUCUGCGAAUUUCAGCGCAACCGUGUUUGACGCAUCUCAACCCUGGCGGUUCCCAACUCCUAAGCGAUUCAAUCUCACAACUCGAGGCUUCUCUAAUUCUGUCUCUCUGUGCAAGAAAAAGGACAAGUCUCCGAAACUCACUGGGGCAAACACAGAGUCGAGCAUUUUGUCGGAAAAUCCCUAUGAUCUUUCUUCGCUAGAAAGUGGCAUCGUAGCUGCGGUGGCCCGACUUAAAGAUGAGCUUUCCAAAUUACGCAUGGGUGGACGUUUCAACACGGAAUCACUUGAAGAUUUGAGAGUGUCUUUGAGCAAAGGAGGCAAGGAAACAAUAAGACUGGGUGAGCUGGCGCAGGUUGUUCCCAAGGGAGGGCGGAUGGUUACUAUAUUGGCUUCAGAGGAAGAGCACAUGAAGCCGAUCUCAUCUGCGAUUCUUUCUUCCGGUUUGUCUCUAACACCACAACCUGAUCCUCAUAAUAUUCUCCAACUGAAUAUAUCGAUUCCACCGCCCACGAAAGAAUUACGUGAACAGACGGUGGUUGCUGCUAAAGCGGCCAUGGAAAAAGCAGCUGGUGCAGUUCGCGAAUCGAGGAGUGUUAGUCAUAAGCGCCUUCAAGAUAUGCAGAAGAAGAAACUAGCCCGGCCAGAUGACGUUCGCAAAGCUCAGGACCAAAUGGAACGGCUAGCAGAGAAGGGACAGAAAGAGGUGAAGGAAUUGUUUGAUGCUGCAAAAAAGGCAUUAGAACGAGUAUAG